CACAUCGCCAUUAAAGCGGAUGUUGUUUGAGCCACAGUCGAUCAUGAUCCUGCUGACUCCCUCCUCCGGUUUCUUCCAGUGCACCAACAAGAUCUUCCUGACGGACGAGGCCACCGGGCAGCAGAUCAAAGAGUUUGCUCGUAAAAAUGCAGCGAACGCGCUGUCGAUGUGCAACAUGGUGAUGGGCAUGGCCUCCAUCCUCAGCAGCCUCAACGGGCACCAUCACGCGGCCUGUUGGUUCGUCCUGAUUGGCUACCUGCUGGACCUGGCGGAUGGAGCGGUUGCCAGGCGUCUGGGUGCCUGCUCUGCGCUCGGUGCAAAGCUGGAUGAUUUUGCCGACUUCACGACGUUCGGCAUCGCCACGUCUCUGCUGCUGAGGACGACGGACCUGAUGGACAACAUCCUGUGUGUCUGCUACGUCAUGUCCGUGUUCGUGCGCCUCUGCUUCUACACCAGCGGAAUCCCCUUCAUGUACCGCGGCCUGCCCUGCAUCUACUCCUCCGGGAUCCUGGCCAGCGCCUCCCUGCUCGGGGGGAACCUCCCUAUGCUGCGCGUCAUCACCGUGGCCAUGAUCCUGUUCAUGAUCAGCCAGAGCUUCUACCCCCACGACCGUGUGCUCGAGUCCCAGGCCUGGAAGAAAGCGGUGUACGCUGGAGGAGUCGCCAUGGUGUUCUGCUCUUCCUUCCCCCCCGCAUGUGUGUACUACCUGUUGUGGUCAGUCUCCUACAUUUUGUUUCCAACAUCCCUCUGGAGCAACAAGGUGUAAAAUGGGUGCUGGCUUUGUCCAAAAAACCCAGAAUACUGUAGGUUACCCUCGGGCCCGUCCGGGUGAAGAAGAGGACGAAGAGGAACUUCCAGCCGGCUGCUAAACACAGGAUAAAAGGAAGAAAUUAUUUCAACUGCACACAUUUAUUGUAGAUGUGUGCCUCUAAUUAGUUUUUUAAUUGAAAUCCGGCAGGAUUAUGAUCUUGUGUUGAGCAUAACUUAAUGAGUAACUGUUCCAGUGCUACGGUCUGUAGGUCAGGCCUUUCAUCCCCAGUAUAAAUCCAAUUCCACGUUUAUCUUUAACAGAGACAGCACUACGACCGGUAGGGAGGCAACUCUACUUUAUUAUCAAUUUAUCUGCCGGUUAUUUUCUCCAGGUCGGUCCUUAAUAUGUUAGAAAUCAGUCUUUAUCCAAAAUAUAUUCACUUCAAAAUGAGACGAGUCAGAAAGCAGAGAGCUUCAUAUUCAGAGGCUUUUUUUAGACGUCUUUGCAUGGAAUUAAUUACUCUUUAUUUUCUGUGGACGGUUAACGGCUGCAGAUCUAAGAAGCAGUCCUGCGUUUACGGACUGUCUUUGAAUGCAUCAGGGUUUGAGGUUUCACAGCAUUCAGGUCAGGAUGUUUGUCUCCUUUUUAAAAAUCCACUAUUCCCACUUGUGCAUUGGUUUCAAAUCCAGUGAGAAACACGGUUGUUAUUAUUAGAUUAGUGCAGGUUGUAAAACGUGCUCCGACCCUUCUGUGUGGUGGUGUGAAGUUGUGGCUUCAGAAAUGGUGUUGGACUCUGUCUUCUGUUUGGUCGCUGCGUGUCUCUGUUUUAGGAGGCAUUCCAGUUUAACCAGUGGCUCCACCCCCCCCCCCCCCCUCUCCGUGUUGAUCUUUAACUGGGCCAGUAUUCAGUGUGAUGGGCUCAUCCUGUGUGAGUCACCUGGAGGUCAUACAGUAAACCCACCUUUUUCAUUUGGACCGGCUCUAACCUUUAAUCGGGGGGCAGAUCACCAUUAUUUUUUUUAAAAGGGCCCCUAUUCUGCUUUGGGGGGGUGUUCUCUUUCAGUGUGUUCUGUUCAUUUUUGUUUCUCUCCCACACACUUCCAGAACACAGUGACAUCACUCUGUAACACUCACGCUGCUAUUGGCUAGCACUCCAACACAUUGUGCUGAAGUGGGCGGGACAGCUCUAAGUUGGUUGACCAAUCACAACAGAGCCAUGUCCCAGUAGAGAUAAAACGAACAGAACGCCCCCCCCCCCUUACUAACCAGAGAGGGUCCGCAGUGUGGCGUUCAAACCCUCCUUUCUCUCUGGACAUUCAGCUUCCUGUGUGGGUGUGUUGCUCUGGACUGUGGCGUGAUGUUUUUCACACUCAGCUCUACUCUGCCCCCCCAUAACAAACAGAACGCUCUUCAUGAAGAAUAAGAUCUGUGCUUUUACUUUGACUGGCUGUACAUUUUUUGACAAUAAAGAGGAAAUGAAAUGGAA